CGCGAGAUUACCGCAGUAACGAAGACGCGCAGGCUAGGUCUUAAGUUUUCCUCAUGCAUCAUUAGACGAUUCGUAUCAGCGUCAAGAUGUCGGGACGAUCCGGCCGUGCCGAGACUCGGAGCCGCGCCAAGGAUGACAUUAAAAAGGUUCUGGCCGCCAUCGAGAAAGUGCGAAAAUGGGAGAAGAAAUGGGUGACUGUUGGAGACACGUCCUUGCGCAUAUUUAAGUGGGUGCCAGUGACAGAAACAAAGCAGAUCUACCGCACCAAAUCGACUGGCGGAGAAGCCAGGGGACUAAAAGAUGUCGUCCUUGAAAACACUAACUCUUUGCCGGAUUUGACCGAUGAAAACAGCAAUCAGAGCUUUAUGUCUGACGUUUACCACCCGAAGAUGGAUAACAGCAGCAGCAACUCCAGCUCGCAGCACGUCAGCCCCCCCCAUAGCUCAAGCUUACGAACUGAAGACUCCCAACCACCGAUGCUUGGUCAGGAGAGUGUGGAUGAUCCAGUUCACUCCGGGCAGGAAGGAGCAGAUGAGCCUCCAACUCUGAUCAAGGAGGAUCUUCUGUCAUCAGGAAGUGCCAGACGGAGCGCCGUACACACAAAGGAAGAAUCGGACGAGCCGGGAGCACCGCCUUUAAAAAAGAUCUGCACGGGGGAAAAUGCCGUGUUAAGAUAGUUGACUUCACGAAGAUGCACAUAAAACCAAUCCAGUUAUCGUCACUUCAGCUAAGUGUUCAACAUUCAGGUUUUAAGGCUCUGAUGUAUGCUUCACAAGCACUCACCCUGCACUUCAUUUGGUACACUUGCACAGUCUAAUCUGGGCCGCAUUAGCAGUCCAAAAUUAGUAGUCUAGAAAGAGAUUUAAAGUACUUGUACCCUUUUUAUAAACAUAUAAAUAUAUAUUUCUGUUUUGACUGGUCAGUGUGGUUUUACAAUACAUGUAAAUAAUUUUGAAAUUGAAGAUACUUUUAUUCAUUUCCACAAGAUACAUCCUCUCUACACAUUUUUUUUUUUUGCAUGCACAAACCAUACAAUAUGCGCAAAUUGUUUGUAUGUGUGUGGAGGGGGGGCUUCCUGUUCUCCCGCCGAGUGACCAGUUGUCUCGGGAGCUCGGAGAGGCCCGGGCACAGGCCUGGGUCCCUCUGCGUAGGACUUGUCCUGUCCACCGUGUUGUUCUCGGGUGGACCUUUGAUCCUGUCCUUGAUUGAUUGUGUGGGCUCCUUCGCCUCCGCAUUGCAGCCAGAGCAAUUGUAGUCCAUUUCUCUCCAUUUUUUUUGCAUGCACAACGGUGUGAUUUCACUUGCAUGUGUCCGUAGGCACACAGCCCUGGGAUUUUUUUUUUUUCACUGGGUGUGGGGCCAAUCACUUAUUACUACAAAUCACUCAUGUAUACGCAAACUGCUUAUGUAUCCUUCCACUUAUAGUCUCGUUCUAUAGAUUUCUAUAAUUUACUUAGUCAGUCCCAACACACCUCAGUGGUAUAGGCGGGUUCACGACCCUCGUCCUGCAUGCUUCUUUCUCCGGUCAUUGUCCUGUCCUAUCUUGUCCUGUCCUUCCUUUACAGGGUGUAGUGCUACAGUCUCAUGCAGCAUCCAUAUUUAGUGUUUUCUAUUGUAUGUAAUUCACUUUUCUCAUUCUAGCAGUUUGUCUUUUUCUCUCUCCCACCUCUAGAAAAUCUGUUCGACUGAUUGACUCUGAUUCUCAAUAACAGGGAUGAGAAUGACUAAAUUGUAUUUUUUUAUUUUUUGUAUAUAAAACAAACCAUUAAAUGGUGACCUCUGCUUACUUCUAACAGUGUAAAUACAGGGCAAUCAUAAUAUUUUGAAAACUUAGAAUGAGUCCAAACAACCAAAAUAAUUUUGCCAUACUUCGGACAUAAAAUGUAGACUAAGUGAAAUUUAUAUCAAAUAGGCUACUGCACUUACAAGUUAUACUUCAGAAAUAAGUACACGAGUAAUUUGUUUAUAUAUAAGAAUAUAUAUAUAUAUAUAUAUUCUUAUACAUAAUGCCCAAUACUGUUUAAAAAAUUUUUCUUAAACUUGUUUAUUUUGAUCAGUAUAAAUAAAUCAAUUGUCAGAAAAAUAAUGAGAAUGUCCACAAAAAUACAAGUCUAGGUUAUGAUGCUAUAAUUAACAUAUAUACAAAUUCUGUAACAUCUCCUUGGACUGUUCGGAUUUAGUUUCUCUUCUUAACCAACUGUUCCAGUAAAAUCUUAAUUUUCUCUUUGAUUUGUCACUCUCUACAACUGAAGAAGGAUUCCCUAUAGCAGUAUUUGUAGUAAUACUAUACUCGUGUGUGUGUGUGUGUGUGUGUGUGUGAUGGCAAGUUUGGAUUCUGUAACAUUUGUUGUGGAUGAUUUCCCAACAUGUGUUCCUGUCGACUACUUUGAUGCUCGCUUUAAAUGGUGCUUUUUGAAGGCCUUUCUUUUCCAACCUUGCAACAAAACGUUUAGCCUCUUCUUUGCUCUGUAGCUGAUUCUUAAUCUGUAACCUUUUCAUUUAUUUCUGUUUUUUCUUUUUGCUUUUUGUCCAAGUCUUUCAUGUAUUCACCUCCACUUUUUUUUGUCAAAUUCACACAAAGCUGUUUGUCAACUGAAUCAUGCAAAAAUCUCCUAUUCUGUGAAAUAACUGACAGUAGACGAAUUGCGAAUUUUCAUGGAGUAUUCGACAGUCUGAAUUGAGCUGUAGGUUUUAUCAUUCAUAAGGCAAGAUCGAAUGUUGAUGUCGCCCAUAAUUAAAUGAUGAUUCCAUAUCCUAUCUGCACGGUUACACUUUUUCAACCCAUGCCCAUUUGAAACCGUUUUUACCCCAUGGUCUUUAUCAAUUUCCCUGGCAUGAUCUUCAUCUUUUCGCUCCAAGACUUUUGCCAUCCUGGAAAGUACAAACUGCUCGAUAAUAUCAAUGCCGCAGUGAAACGCAACACUUCUCUAAGGAAUGUUAGCAUCAGAGUGAAACUACCGAUGAAAUACUGCCAAAAUUCUGCCGGAAAUUGGAAUGCUGUCGUUAUUCUAAACGCCAAAUUAAAUGCAAACAGGUAGCAUUGCCGUUUUCCUCUAUCACAGCUGUGACUAAUUUCACAACAAGCGUUGCCGAUAAAUGCUGGCGGCUGGUCUUAACCCCCCCCCCCCAAAAUUUUUUUCUCAACAAUGACAUUUUCAGCUGAAAAAAAUCGGAAUUCUGCGAAUCCGUGGAAAAUUCUCAUCCCUCCAAUUAACCCAGUGUGACAAUUUUUUCCCUUAUUGAGAUAAAAGUCUCCUAACAGGCCACAAUCAAGGAAAUAACACUUCUUUUUCGUUGAACGCAUAAAACAAAGGGCAAAAAAGAUGUACCCUCUCGCGAGCAGCGUCCCACACCUGGGACGGGUAUGUUAUCAGUUCUGUGAAGUGGUACAUACUAGAGAUAUGUUUAUUUAUUAAUUCUUAUUCUAGAACGACACUUACGCAUUAAUAAUACUGAUGGAUUAGCAUUUUGAAGACAAACUUGGUUGCACACUGACCUUUCUCCCUUUCUUCUCUUGGAAAACGCUCCAUGGGUACUUGAGGCAGCCAUGUUGGGUCAGGAUGGAAAGGGAAAUAAUGCCAUGCUAGCUUUGACCGACGAGUUAUCCUCUCCUGAUACCAAAUUAUGGCUUCAGAUUAAAACACUUGAAUAUUUUGAUAUACUGAAGGAUAUAAUGCGUGAAAAUCAUGAUGUCCCAAAAAUGGGACGCUGCCCAUGAAUAGGUUACAAUACUGACAAAUCACAGAGGAAGCUCAAAAACUAAACUGCCUGGGUUGGAACAGUACGCAACACCACGGGCACACGUCGUCCAUAAGAGCCUCCUCGCCUGUCCGUCCUUAAACUGAAACCCGUAACGCAAAUGUCAGCGUGAGAGGGGAUAAUUGCUGGCUAUGGUCCAAUGCAAACCCGUUGAAGAGCUCAGCUUUUAUAGCAACACGCUAAGCUAUUUGGAGUCAGAUGUACAGUAUUCAUUUAAUACUACAGUAUUAUUGGAUGAUACAGCAGUGUCAAAUUUAGCCCAUUCGUGGGCAGGGUGGCAAUUGUUUGACUUAUUGAGAUAAAAGUCUCGUAACAGGCCACAAUCAAGGAAAUAACACUUGUUUUUCAUUUAUGGUUAAGUUAUAUGAUAACUUUACUAAUUUAUAACCUCGUUCCAAAAAUGGGACGCUGCCCGCGAGAGGGUACUUGGGUUUUCUUAGUAGAUCAUCCCAAAAACCAGAAUCAGAAUCAGAUUAAAACACUUAUUUUGAUAUAAUGGAGGAUGUAAUGCGUGAAAAUCAUGACGUCCCAAAAAUGGGAUGCUACCCACGAAUGGGUUAAAUCAUAAAAAGAGGCAAGUGUGGUGUUUAAUCAAAGCUACACAACAAUAUUGUAGACACUCUUUGUGAAGAGUGCAGUUUUACACUGCAAAUGAAAACAACAAUUCAUAAAUUGGUCAAUACAUUUCUAGCACUGUCAAAAACUAAGGAUUAUUUUCUUUGUGGAGAUGGAAUUUUUCGGUUCUUCUCAUUAGAUUGUGCAACACCUAAUAUUGUGGUCGGUGAGUGUGCAAUGCACAGCAGUGCUUAUUCAUUUGCUAUUUCUCAAGUGACAGAAACAUUCCCCGCUAAACUUUAAGCUUGUUGACUUAUUGGUAAACUGGAAAGUGCACUGUACUUGGGUAUUCACAUACAGUAUUAUCAAAAGUCAUUUUGGCCAAUUAUAGCUGUUAGUGUGUCUUCAUGCUGUUCAACUUUGCCUUUGCGUAUCUCCUAAUCAUUGUGCUUUGUGGUUUUUAGGCGCAGUAGACUUUGAAAAUGAGUUAAACAUGUAGCUUUAUGUUUUUAGACACAGUAGUAAUACUACGGGGUUGAGCACUUCGUUUUGGCUAAACAAUUGAAAUGCGUUGUAAAGAAGGAUAUUUAUUACAAAAAUGUGUGCCUGUUUAUUGCAGAUGCUUUGUAAGCCGUAAUAAACGUUUCAUUUCAA